UGCAAAAUAAAGUUUAUGGAUCCUCAAAUAAAGUGUGGUUUUAUGCCUUGUCAUUCUGACCAAAGUUGUUUGACGGGCAUUUUAACUGCAAAAUUCUUUUAUUGGUCUGUUUCACUUCUGGCCAAAGCUGAUGUGAACCGGGUCGGUAAAAGAAAAUAAUGAAUGAGGAUCAUUAAUGUGUGGCUUCUAUUUAUCAAUUUGGCCAAAGCUAAUUGAUGAAUAUUUGUCCACAAAAUUUUGUUGUUCAUUUUCAUCUCUGGCCAAAGCUGAUUUGAAUUUGAUCAAUAAAAUUUAAUGAUGAUUAUGAUGAUGCUUACUAAAGCAUUUUGAAUUUUUCUUUUGCAGCAACUAAUGUCUCUAAUAUUGCUGGAAUGCUAAAUGGCAUCGAACAGCUAAAUGGCAGCAAUUAUGUCACGUGGAAGGAGAAGCUUGAGAUCACUAUGGCCUUACUCAAUAUUGAUUAUGCUCUCCUUAAUGAUCCUCCUGAGGUGCCUAAAGAAAAUAAUGAAAAUUAUGAAGCCCUCAAGAAGGAAUAUGACAUUAUUAAGGCUAAGUGGGAUGACUCUAAUCGCAAGUGCCUUAUGAUGAUAAAGGGCUCCAUUACACAGAGUAUGAGGGGAGCCCUUCCUGAUUGUGAGACAGCAAAAGGGUACUUUGCAAAAAUUGAGCAUUAAUUUAAAGGGUCUUCUAAAGUUUAUGCAACAAGUCUUAUCAGAAGGCUAAUUGAUGAAAAAUAUGAUCCCACUGGAAGUCUUCGAGAGCAUAUUAUGAAAAAGUGCAACAUGGCCGCCAAACUAAAGUCAAUGGAGAUGGAAAUCUCUAAUGGUUUCCUCGUCCAUUUUAUUAUGUCAUCUUUGCCUCCCCAAUUUGAUCCAUUUAUGAUCAACUAUAAUGCGAUGGAUGUUAAAUGGGAGAUUGAUGAAAUGAUGGCGCGAUGUGUGCAAGAAGAAGAAAGGCUUAAGGCUGACAGAAUUGAUCAUGUUAAUCAGUUUGGUCAUUCACAAAAGAAGAAGUAUAGAAAAUUUGUGAAUGAAUAUGUGAAGCCCAAGCCUUAUAAGUUCAAGGAAAAAGGCCAAUCCUCAAAAGGUUCACAGCAAAAGAAGCCAAAAAAAGCGCCUAAUGCUGAAGGAAAUAAUUCCAAUGCUUGCCACUUUUGUGGAAAAGGUGGGCAUAGGCGAAAGGAUUGUUUUGGCUUCAAGAGAUGGCUCAAAGAAAGAGGGAUUCAAUAUGAGGAAGACCCUAAAAAGAGGGGAAAGAACAAUUAGAGUUGCUAAUGGUGUUGAAGCUUAUGCCGAGGCAAUUGGAGACUUCACUCUUGCACUUCAUGGCGGUUUUAAGCUUCAGCUAAAUAAUGUUCUUUAUGUACCCUCGAUGAAACGGAAUUUAGUUUCCGUCUCAUGUUUAGAUGAUGAUAGUUAUGAGUGUCACUUUGGGAAU